AUGCCGCGUUCGCGGUCGCAUUCCCCUACCAUCGCGCAAAGCAAAAAGCGCCGCAACUGGUCCUGGGAAGAGGACAAGGUUUUGCUGAUUCAAGCAGCCACAGACAAGCCGUUCGCGGCUGAAAAGGGUCAAUUGACGAAUCCGUGGCAGGCGUUGGCAGACACUUUGCUGGCUUGCGACCACUUCACCCGGGUGGUGGAUGGCCGAAAGAAGCACAUCCUUCUCGACGAUAUUGUUGCUCUCCUCGACGAUGUGAAAGAAAUCACAUCGCAGAAGACGAGCAACAGCGUGGUCGAAAAAGAGAAGGCGGAACAAGGAGCCCUAAUUGUGUGGGACAUGGCCAUUCGCACAAUGAAGCGACCCAACGACAACGAUGGUGACGAGCAGAAGAAGAAACCAGCCCUCGACAAUCGUCGAAACAGCUUAGCGGCCGCCAUCGAGGUUGAGAGCGAGCGUGAGUUGGUGGUGCGGGAAUGUAAUGAUGGCAAGGUUGCCGACCAAGAAUACAGCUUGUCGCAUCGUUAA